AUGCCUGACCUUGUUAGAGCGUUGUCGUCGCCGUUAUCGACUAACGAGUUUGAUGGCAUAGACCCUGUGUCUCUUGGGCUGCGGGACCUAGGGAGUCGCCUAGAGGAGCUAGACAUCUGCGCGCUCAUCACCCCAGAUCUUUUCCCUUCUAGUGGUGACGCGUUUGCCUCGUCUCUCCAACAACAAAAGAUGCCCUCCCUUCAAGACGCUGAGCUGUUCACGUGGCUUACCUGGCGACCCUCUGAAGAGCGGGCUCAAGAGUAUGAAGGGAGUGAUGACGCGCCUCCUUCGAUUGAUGAUAAGGAGACCAUUUUGUUCCGAUGGGGGGUGAGAUACGAUGCGCCUAAAGGAGAUGGGAAAGGGAAAGUCACAUGGCAAGUUGGUGAGGACUGGAGGCCGGAAGAUGAAAUCAUUAGGGCGUUUGAGGAUCUUGUGGGCGGGGACGGGGAGAAUAUGGAGUGGAAAGCGUUUGAGUUUAUGGGGGAGAGGGAGCGAGAUAUGGAAGCCUUUUUUAUAUGA